AUGUCAGAUUCAGGUUAUACAGAAUCAGGAACAGGAGGAGAUGUAUUUAAAGUAGAUUUAAAUAAACAAUUUCAACAAGCAGAUAUGGUAUGGAUAGCAACUGCAGGAGUAUUAGUUUGGAUAAUGAUACCAGGAGUUGGAUUAUUAUAUAGUGGAUUAUCAAGAAAAAAACAUGCUUUAAGUCUAAUUUGGGCAUCAAUAAUGGCAAUGUGUUUAACUUCAUUUCAAUGGUUUUUUUGGGGUUAUUCAUUAGUAUUUGCUCAUAAUGGUUCACAAUUUUUAGGUACUUUAUCAAAUUUUUGUUUAAUGGAUGUAUUGGGAGCACCAUCUAUAGUUAAAACUGUUCCUGAUAUUUUAUUUUGUUUUUAUCAAGGUAUGUUUGCUUCUAUAACUGCUAUUUUAAUGUGUGGUGCAGGAUGUGAAAGAGCAAGAUUAGGUCCAAUGAUGGUUUUCUUAUUUAUUUGGUUAACUGUUGUUUAUGCUCCAAUUGCUUAUUGGGUAUGGGGAGGUAAUGGAUGGUUAAUGAAUUUAGGUGCCCUUGAUUUUGCAGGUGGUGGACCAGUUCAUGAAAAUUCUGGUUUUGCUGCUUUAGCUUAUUCUUUAUGGUUAGGUAAAAGACAUGAUCCAAUUGCACAAGGAAAAGUUCCAAAAUAUAAACCUCAUUCAGUAAGUUCUGUUGUCUUGGGUACUGUAUUUUUAUGGUUUGGUUGGUUUGGUUUUAAUGGUGGAUCAACUGGUAAUGCUAAUAUGAGAUCUUGGUAUGCUUGUGUAAAUACAAAUAUUGCAGCAGCAUGUGGAGGAUUAACUUGGAUGUUUAUUGAUUACUUUAGAACUGGUGGAAAAUGGUCAACAGUUGGUUUAUGUACUGGUGCUAUAGCUGGAUUAGUUGGUAUCACUCCUGCUGCUGGUUAUGUUCCAGUUUAUACAUCAAUUAUAUUUGGUAUUGUUCCAGCAAUUAUUUGUAAUUUUGCAGUUGAUUUAAAAGGAUAUAUUGGAAUUGAUGAUGGUAUGGAUGUUUUUGCAUUACAUGGAGUUGGAGGAUUUGUUGGAAAUUUUAUGACUGGUUUAUUUGCUGCUGAUUAUGUUGCAAUGAUUGAUGGUACAGAAAUUGAUGGUGGAUGGAUUAAUCAUCAUUGGAAACAAUUAGGUUAUCAAUUAGCUGCAAGUGUAUCAGUUGCAGCAUGGUCAUUUACUGUAACAUCAAUAUUAUUAUUAGUAAUGGAUAGAAUACCAUUUUUAAAAAUAAGAUUAAGUGAAGAAGAAGAAAUGUUAGGUACAGAUUUAGCACAAAUUGGAGAAUAUGCUUAUUAUGAUCAAGAUGAAGAUCCAGAUAAUUCCCCUUAUGUAUUACAACCAAUUAGAUCAACUCCUGCAAUGCAACAAAAAUUAGCUAUAUCAAAAUCUCAAAAACAAGAACAAUUGAAUAAAAAUCAAGGUAUUGUAUCAAAAAAUAAUAGUAGUUCAACAAGUAAUAAUGAUGAUGAAUUAUUAGAUCCCAUAUAUGCAACUGCUGGUCCAGAAACUAUUGAUGGGGUAUCAAAAGAAACUGGAGAAGAUUUAACACCAAAUAUUUCAAAUGCUGAGGAAUCGAUAAAGCCUUAUAGAUAG